GCUUAGCAAAUAAAUUGUAAUAUUUGUGUAUAUUCAAUAUGGAUUAGUCCUAAGUCCGGUUAUGCAUAAUAUGUUAUUCACAUGUUCCUUGCAGUAAAUCCGUCUCUAAACCUAAGUUAAGAUAAUGCUGUGCAAUGAGCAAGUAAGAGCGAGUUCAAAAUGGCAUCUCGACCAGAGGAAAAAAGUGGGAAAAUGUAGCAUAGUAACAAUGAUUAGAUGAUUUAUUCUAUGGGUGUAUGUUUGCAACAGAAUCGCAUGUUAAAAUAUAACGAAAACAGAGAGUAUUUACCAACAAAAAUAGUUCACUUCCAAGGCAAAGAACGAACAGAACGAGGAGCUGCAGGAAUCCAUUAAAAGAUCAAAACAAAUUCAAACAAAAUAAUAUGAGUAAUAUAUAUAUAUAUAUGUAUAUGUGUGAGUUUACAAUUUAGAUGCUUUUUGAUACCCCAAAUGGAAAUUAGUUAGGCAAAAGGCAGAAUAUGCAUUGAAAAUUUUAUAGAGAACAACGCAGCUUAGGCAAAACGUACAUAUACUCAAAACAAAUACUUCGUUUAUAUUGUCAUAACCCCACAAGGAAAUCAAGCACAGCUCCAACUAAAAACAAAAGGAAAAAAACAUGUCGAUGGAUACACACAGACAAUACGCCCAAAUGUAUGCAAUUUGAUUGUGCAGAUAGAAUAUUUUUUAAAUGUUUAUAAGCAGAGAUUGAAAUAUUUGUAAAACAUAUUUUAAUAGACACCGAAAAACCAAAGGACAAACUUUUUGAAACAUAUUUUUUUAUAUACGAAAACAAGAAGACGGAAAAGUUGAACACUGCGAAUAUGCACAAAACAUAUAUCUUUCGGAUAACCCUAGCCUAAGUUAAAGUCGUAACAUUUUCAUUUAGAAGUUGACAAGUUUACUUUCGAUGGUUUCAAGUGAAAUUGUUUUGAGCCGUUUCGUAUGCCAUUCGGUUGAAGCUUAAGCGAGUAAUCCAAAGUACAAUCAUUUAUGUCAAACAGGACACCAUAGAACACAACAGAUAUUCGGGGCGAGAUACAAUUCCGAGAUAGAGAUACAAAUACGCUGAGGUAGAAGAUUCGUGUUUUUACAGGGAAAAAACGAAAAACACUUUUUGCUAACAAAUUUUUUUAACAUUCGUUUUACACACGCUUUAUAAGAUUGGUAGUAGCGUGCAGCUAACAAAAAAUAGUUAAAGAUUUUUAAUUUAUAAAAGAAAACAAUUUAAAACUGGUAGAAAGAUAUUCAACAGAGAGUCAUUGUUUGGUUAAUUUGAAGAGAACUUGAGCUUAGGUCUGCAAAUGUAAAACUAGAGUCCCUCCCCUACUGCGUUUAGUUUGUAACUAGAGGUACAGCUCCCCCCAUUUCCCCCAAAACCAACCAAAAUGUAUGCAGCCGCUGGUGGCGCCUCCCUGGCUUCCCGCCAGGCGCGCCAACGUCAACGCCAGCAGAAGAAGACCCAGCAGCUCCAGGCGAAACUACAUCCACCGAAGGCGGCCGGAGCCGCCGGCCUUGUGUCCGGCGAUCAUGCCGCCGAGGGCGCGUCCACGCCCACACGCAGCCAGUCGCGCCAGUUCCACCAGCUGCCCACAAACUAUCUGCGUGCCCCGCAGCCACAUGGACGCAAGCUGAGCGCCACGUAUACGACGCAAUCGAAGCUCCUACUGCCAAUCGAUGAGAGCGACACCCAGUCGGUGCUGCAGUUGCGCAUGCACCAUGCCCACUCCCAUGGCCACGCCCAUGCGCACGCCCACUCCCAUUCGCAUGGGCCCGCCCAUGCGGGGGGCGCAAUGCAUCCUCAUGCGCCGGUGCAAACGCCGUACCAGCAGUUCGCCUCAUCGCACGGACGCGUCUCACCGAAGCUGGUGCACCGGCAUUCCGGGAGCAGUGCCGGCUUCCAUCCGGCAUCCAGCAUCUCCACUGGACAGCAGCUGCACAAGUCCGCGACUGCGACGCUGCCGCUCGUUUCGCAUAUGGAAGCUGAAGCGGCGGCAAGUCAGUUGCAAUCGCCAUCGGCGUUGGCCGGCGUUAAAACGACAGCUGUGGCAACAGAAGAUGCCACGCCCACAUCGCCGCCGCUGGCCAGCACUUCCGCUGCCGCUGCCGCCGCAAUGGCGGCAGAAGCAGAGUUAGCCGGCAUGGCCGGCGCCAUGUUUGUACCCCACCAUGAUGCCAUCAUUGUAACGCCGGCCACGCCCAUGGCCUCGCCGGGUCAUGCGGUCAAGUUAAGGCGACCCGGACCGGAGGAGCUAUUUGAGGCAUCCGCCGAACGGCAGCCAUUAACCUCGGGUGAAGCUCUGGAUGAUGAGGAUGAGCCAAUGCAUCCGCCGGCACCGGGACAGCUGGAGCGAAAGUGCAGCGUUUAUAGGAUGCGACGCAGCGAUGCCUUCGAACAGGACACCGGCAGUGGAGGAGGAGGAGGCGGCGGAGGAGGAGCAGGUGGCCUGAAGCGGCAGCUGAGGGAGCUGCAGUUCAGCGCCGGAGUCCAGCAGACGCAGUACGAACCGCUGCUCGCCGACGAACCGCAGCUGAUCUUCAAGGGUCUGGGGGUCAACGGGCGGAAGAUGCAGAUCUGCGCCUACUGCGAGGAGGGCAUCUGCGUGUGCGAGCACCUCGAGUGCGCCCAAGGACGUGCCGCCUGGCUGGAGAGGGGGCGACGCUGCAGCGUCCAGGAUCAGCAGCAGCAACAGGCCACCUGCCACCGACGCUGGGUGAAGCGCAACCGAAUACAAGACGCCUCGUUGGGCGGCUCGUCGGACGAUGAGGAUUUCCUGGGCGUUCUACGCGGUCCCAGCACCUUUGCGAACGCCUUUCUCUACGUGGGUCUGGGCACGGUGGCGCUGGGCCUCGUCAUCGCAUUCGUUGGCACCGGCGAGAAGGGCUUCAAAACCACGGAACUAAGACUUAUAGGCCCCUCCCUCAUAGUGUUGGGCCUAAUCUGUUGCAUUUUACGCAUCCUCUUCUGCAUCUGUCCAUCGCACUGCAUUUCAUCCAGCAAAAAGACGCGAAAGAAAAACGGCAACAAAAUUGAUGCGGAUCACACAACGUCGUUGCUCAGAAACGAGAGCAAAAGAGUGUCGAUAGCGAGAGGACCCAGUUUUCAGCCCAAAUACCCCAUAGCGCACAAACGCAGCCAGAGCAAAAUGCUCAACGAGGGAAUGGAGGCACUGCGCCAAAUAGCCACCACAUCCUUGUUCAUGCAGAACGAGCAGAAGACGGCCAUCAAUCGCGUAGUGCCGAUCAUCAACGAGCCGGAUAGUGGUGAUGCUCCACUGGAAAUGAAGAAACUGCAGACGGCACUGAAUGCCUGCGAAAUGAGCGACGAGGAGCAGGAUCAGGAUCGAGAUAAGGAGCAGCAGCAGCAGACGCAGCAGCAGAUUGCCAAACGUACAACAGCCACAACUGCCGUUACGAGUAGUACCACCAAAGAGCCAACAGCAACAUCGACAUCCACAGCAGCAGCAGGAGGAGGAGGAGCCACAUCGAGGGUAACGAGAGCCACCACCCUGAGCACAGUUGACGAAAAGCCGGAUAGCAAGUUGGUGCGUCAGCGGGUGGCGCUUCAAACGCAACGCCAGCAGCAGCAGCAACAGGAGCAGCAGGUUCCCAAAUCGCAGUCCCUGUCCUCCUCCUCCACGGUGAAGGACUCCCUGGAGGUGGUGGAGGAGACCUCACUGAUCGAUGCCAGCGAUGAGGCAACAACGAUUGUUGUUGCACCUGUUGCACCACCGCCGGCAACUGUAUUGCCGAGUAGCUGCAGCACGGGUGCGAUACCACGGCUAAGUCGACCGGGCAUCUCGACGGGAGCCACGCCCAAGACGACAACGACGACGACCACGCCCACCAUAACGGCACGGCUGCCCACGUCGCAGUCGCAUCCGACGAGCUAUGACCUGCCACCGGCCCUGCCGCACACCUAUUCCGCAUCGGCGACCGUUCGCGGACCGCUCGGCAUGUCCAUGAGCAGUUCGGCGGGCAAGGCGGUCCUAGGAGGAGGAACUGCCUUCACCACCAUGCCGCCCACCACCAGCAGCACCACGAUUAGUCUGCUCCCGCUGCCAGCGCCGCCAACUGCUUCCUCCACCGCCAUCAGCAGUGGUGCAACAACAACAACAGCAACAACGUUGGCCAGCAUUCCUGGCCAAGUUUUGGAAAGCGGCAGUGGAGCGACGAGUCUGAGUCUGAGCCUAAUGCGACCGGCGACCGCCUCGGGUGUUGUGCUGGGCGGCCUGACCACCUCAUCGUUCACCACCAGCAGCGGCAGCAGCAGGGAUCAGCUAAAAUCACAUCCGUCAUCCGCCGGAUCGGUAAUGGGGCGUGGCAGCAGCGGCAGCCAACUGCUUUCAACGGCAACGGCGGCGUCGUCGUCGUCGAGCAAAUUCGAGCCAGAAUUGGUGCUCAGUCCGGCUAAGCUUGGCCAGUAGAAUUAAAUGGGAUUUAGUUACGAUUUUAGUUAGCCACCAGGUCUAUAUGUAUAUGUCUAGAGUCUAGGCGCGAGUGUGUGUGUGUGUGUAUAAUGCAAACUGCGUGUGUGUGCGAGAGUGUACUUUAGAGCUGUUUGUUGUGUGAGUGUGUGUGUGGGUGUGUUUGAGUAUGAGAACGAUUAGAGUUUAUUUAGAUACCUAUGUACCCUAAAACUAUCUUUUGAAUGUGCCACAAGAACCACGAAGCGAAAAGAAAACACCCCCCUCUAACUGAAACUAUAGGCAAGGUCAUGUUCUGAAAUCGAGAAACAAACAAAAUUUAAAUAAUAAAUCACUAAUUGGUCUGCAUCAAUUGGCUAGCUAAUCCAAACAAGACUAUACUUUCACAUUCAGAACAUGACGGUUGUAUGUAUGUUACUUCUUUUCCAACCACAAAUCGCUUUCAGUGUCUGAACCUUUGUAUUUCCCGAGGCUUGACUCCUCUAUAGUUCGCUAAGCCACUUGGUUUCUACGCCCGUCUUUUGGAUGUAUCAUCCAAUUAAAAGCUAUCGAAUCUUUCCCACACUUUCUAGAUCUGUUCCUCAGGCUUCAGGUGGCAUAAGAAUCGCCCAAGUGCUCAGCAAAUCGUUGCCAACCUGCGCUGUUCUAAGCUAUCCCAAAAAAAAAAAAGAAAUACAUAGCCAGGGUAUUAUAAAGUUUGUAUACCAAACAUAUCGUUAACUAAAUACGCAAACCAAACUAACACUAAAUAUAAAACGAAACAAAAGGAGGAAGCUUGGAGUGCCGACGGUCGACGUCCAAAUUGACAAAAAUUUAUAAAGGUGUCUAAAAAAUAACUACAAAACAAUUAGAUAUGUAUGAAAAUUUUAGAGGACCGCCAGAUCCAAGAAAAGCUAAACGGUUAAAUGUGCAAACAAUAUCUGGAAUAUGUACGGGUGUGUGUUUCUGUAAAAUUCAAACCAAAAUCCAGACAGUUCAAAAGUAUUAGGCGCUCUAGAAUAAAUCGUUGAAAGAGCUCUACAAAGUAUAUGAAAUAGGAAAUUUUAAAAUUGUCUUUGUAUUGCUUUAAUUGAAUUCAAGUUUUAAACUGUUCUACUAACUGUAAUUUUUUAAACAUUUUCAAGGCACUUUUCGAAGCUAUUGCUAAAUUCAAGAAAAAACUAAUUGCUUGCUCUUUCAACCAGUACGUCCCCCAGAUAAGUGGGUCGAAUAAUAACUAAAAACUAAUAAAAACAGAAUUCAAUAGAAUCGAAUGUGGCCGUUAAAUUAAUAAAAAGAAGCGAAACUAACUAAAUGUAACAUCCCUGAAACAAAAUGUGUAAGAUGCAUGUACAGCAAACAAAGCAGCAGCAAGACAUAGAAAAUUAUAAACAAACUUUAUGAAUUAGUAUGUAUGUAUACUAUAUGUGCAGAAAUUAAAAUGAAAUAUAAAAGAAA